AUGGUUGACGGCCUUAUCGAGCGCACGGAAAUGAUCAGUGGUCAUGUCUUCAAGAACAAGCUGCUAUGUGCAGAAGCCUUGCAGAUAAAGCCACCCGAUUGCCUCUUUCGCGUCGCGGGUGCUGUCCAUCGCGUCGAUAAGAACCAGGCUCUCUCGUUAGUCGGAGACGCUGCCAUGUACGCAGUAUUGGCCAAGAUGUUUUACCAGGCGCGUGACUACCGCGGCAAGCGUCACACCCUUUUGUCUUGGAAUAAUAUGAAGCCUGAUUUGGUCAGCAAUAUGAAACUCGCUGAUCGUGGCUUCAGCCUCGGCCUGGAUCGAGUCAUAAUCAGCAGCCACGCAGGAUCGGCCAGGGAGUCUCCAAACACGGUGGCAGAUGUCUUCGAGGCCAUUAUUGGAGCCAUCUACAUGGACGCCGAAAAUAAUUCAAGUGAGGCUGUUACCCACGCACUUCAGCACAUGGGGUUCUUCGACCACCCCUUAUUCGCCGGAACAUCCGUUGUCCAGCCCAUACUACCAUCCUUGCCUGAUUCUUCUCGAUAUUUGUUUCGUAAGAUUGGCAACACUGUGCCAGAGAAGACGAGCAAGCCCAGAGGCUCUCUGGAUAGUUCCAAGGAUAAGGAUAAUCUUGAAUCCUCCCGUAGGGAAGUUUUAGAAAGUACACUGAAAAGACCAGAUAAUAUAUAUGAUCAAAGCGAAGGGUCAAGGAAAGCUAUUCGAGAUGAGCUACAUGGAGGAAGCCAGCCACAACAGACUCAGCAAACACUACAAAGUCGUUCAAGCCAUGAGGAUGUGCGCAGGGAGACGUACCGCGAUGCCGGCAUUGGGAACAUCGUCACAGUCACAACGACCACGACCACGACCACGACAACAACCACUACAACCCGCCCAGGCGGUACUACCACCGUAGAGCAGCCUCCGCAAGAAGGUACUCGAAAGCUCCAUUGA